UUUUUCUAUUCUUCCCUGUGAGUGAAUUUCUUGCCAGUUGCCACCAUUCCUGCAGUGAGUCAUCAGUGGCGGGAGCAGUAUUUUGCAGAUUCGCCCAUUUUUCUGAGAUACAUAGAUGCAGCAAGUGGGCGUCAGGGUAGGGAGAGCAGAGGUAUUUUUUUUUUUGCGGGGAACAAAAUAACAAGGAGAGCAGAGGUAUCUAUGGCUGUACAGUUCAGCAAAAGUGCGUCUGCUCGUCUGCUCGUCUCCUCGGUUUCUUCGUCUUCCCCAUCCCUCGCCUCCCAGUAGAAGCUAGAGGCUCACUUGCUCUAGCGCACAAGCCAUUGGUGUUGUCCUGUCGAUAGCAUAUUAACCAUGCACCUUCCCUGCAAUCUUAGAACUUCUCGGCUAAGCUUUUGGACGUAGAUCUGGCUAUAAGAUGGGAAAGCCUUGUGAGAGAUCAAAAAAGAAGGGAGAUUACUGCCACAACCAUGUAGAGGAGCAAGACAACUAUUUCUUCAAAAUUAUGAUUGGUGAUUUUGGUGAAAGGAUCACCAUACCAGAUGCCUUUGUCAAACAUUUUAGGGGUAAAUCUGCAAGAACCAUUAAGCUGGAAUCACGCAAUGGUUGCACUUUUGAUGCCAAAAUUACAAAUAAUUACGACGAACUAGUCCUCCAAUCUGGAUGGGGUUCAUUUGCUAGUGCUCAUGACUUGAAAGUGGGGGACCUCCUGUUAUUCAAGUACAAUGGGAUAUCUCAACUGAAGGUUCUAAUCUUCGAUCCGAGUGGCUGUGAGAAAGUACAAUCGCAUCUUGUCAUCAAUAAUACUGGUCAAGAACUAAUUGACAUCUCAAGCAGUUUUGAUGAUAUUCCCAUAAAUUCACCACAAAGUGAAAGGCCAAACCAGGGGAACGAUAAUGUGAAUAUCAGUUCAUCAAGGUCUCCACCCGAGGCAUCAGAAGAUGACCUGGAAGCAUAUUCUGAUUCUGUCCCGCUGUACAUCCUCCCACGUGGUAUCUCUCUUACUGAUGUGCAGACGAAGAAACUGGAUAAAAGGGUCCAAGCUAUUCAAUCCAAAACCCCUAUCUACGGAUGUAUCAUGAGCAAGAGCAGUCUUUAUGCAGAACCUUCUAAUCUGUACUUAUCUCGGAAAUAUGCCGAUACAUACCUUCCGUUUAAAAAUGGAACGCUGAUCCUUGAACGGCAUGCCAAGAAUUGGGAAGUGCAGUGCAGCAUCACCUCGGUUAAACGUAAAAGGUUUACAAAAGGGUGGAAAGAGUUUGCACGUGACAACAGUUGAAGCUGGGAGAUUUCUGUCUCUUCGAGCUACUGAAGAAGAAGAAUAAGCAGUACAUCUUGAGGGUUCAUAUCAUUAGGAAAAAAUGAAGUCUGGUAGGCUGGUCGAUCUCUUCAGCUGUUGCUAUUGGUGAAAUGUUUGGUAUGUUUGAUCGAGGCGCUAUCUAUGAUGUACGCGGUACGCCUUGUUUGCUUCCAGUAUCCAAGCUCGAUCAGUGUUUGGCUUUGUUUUGUACUUCAAGGAAUAUGUUGCUGACUUGCUGUAAGAUACAGUGCUGUAACAACCUGUCUUCUGUGAUUUUAACCUCAAUGUUGCUAUAGUCUAGGCCGCUAUGAUUAUGGAGUUGAUCUGAAUUCUUUG